AUGUGCGGUGAGCAAGAAGGAUACAAUAGUAAGACUACAUUAGCAACUAAAGUGAGACAAACUAUGUCUCGAAGAUUAUGGCAUAAAUGUUCUACAUGUACUACUGAAAACGAUCUAAAAGUUUUUCGAGAAAAAAAUGUUUUUACACAUCGUACUGAAGAACUUACAAGUGGUGUAUCUAUAACAUAUAAGUGUUCAGAGGAUAGAAAAUAUUCACAAUGUCGUUAUCAAUUGAAAGCCAAACAAUUAGAUGUAGAACGUAUGUUAGGUGAUUGGUCAACAAAGAAUGCUACAGAUGGAUCUGCUCAUACAAUUAACUUUGAAGCUGAUUUGGAAUCAAAGGCACAUCAAUGGUCACAGAAGAUUGAUCAAAGUCAAAUUAUUCGAUUAAGUAAUACCGGUUAUGUAAUACCAACUACAAAUUUAACAAUGAAUACAAAUGUAUGGCUUCAACAGUAUUAUACAAUGUCAUGGAAUUCAUAUGAUGAAUAUAUUAGUUGGUUUAAUUCAGAGCAUUUAGUCCAUUUUUCACUUAUAACGGCUCCUUGGUAUUGUACAUGUCGUUUUGGUCAAAAGGAAUAUUCAUGUGUUCAUACAAUCGGUUUAAUGAUUAUAUGGGGUUUUAAAACUAUUCCACAAAUAAUUGAUCGAAGAAAAGGAAAAGGUAGAUCAAAAAAAGUAAAAGCAGCUUUAACAAAAGAUUAA